UAAAUCAAAAGGCAGCCAUUAAUUCUGCAAGUGGGACUGCUAAGCAACAAAGAAAGUGGCGGUUGGCCGAUUAGUGGGCUGGUGGCAAAUCUGACAAAUCCUAUUGCUUUCGUUCCAAGCUCCAUCUGGGCACCUGUAGAAAAAAGAAGCUAGUCAUUAUGCACUAAAGUAAAUGUUCUUGGAGUAGGAGUUGGAACUAUAGGACUUGAAGGCAACGAAACGUAUCAUCCAGGAUCUGCUUGCUCAGUUUCCUCAGAGCUCUAAGUUGGACUCAACUGCACAUCAUGACAGAUGCUCCAGUGGCAUUCAGUCAGGUGGAGUGUAACGGGGACAUACCACCUGGAAAUGGUAAACCACUGAUCACUGAGGCCCAUGAGCCAGUCAGUGAUGUGGGGAGCACCCCACCCUACCUCAGGGUAGAACCCAGUCUUGCAGAUUCACUCACAGAAGGAAAUGGGGAGGAAAGUGAAAAACUACGAGGGAAGAAAAUGCUUAACUGGUCCAUGGAUGAGAAGAUUCUAAAAGAAAAACCAGAAGAGAAUCUCUUUACUGUUCAUAAGGCCAUCACAGAUCUUUCUCUCGAAGAAACAAGUGUUGAUGAAACGACAUUCAGAGAAGGGCAUCAGUGGGAGAAGAUUCCUCUGAGCGGCAAUAACAUGGAAAUAAGUGGACAAAAGGAAAGAAUCAUUGAACAGCCUCUAGAAGAAAGAGAAGAUGAGGGUAGGAAGAACAUAGCUUACCAGGCAACUGAAAUUGAAUGGCUGGGAUUUCAAAAGCCUCGCCAAGUUGAUGUGGUACAUGAAGAGGAGCAAGAGGUUUGGGAUGAAGAAAUUAACAAUGAAGACGAUGAUGAAGAUGAAGUUCGAGUGAUAGAAUUUAAGAAAAAACAUGAAGAGGGUUCUCCCUUAAAAGAGGAAGGUUAUCCAAGUGAGGACUCCCCAACAAGCAGCUCCAGUUCCCAGCCCGUGACUCCGGAUGAGCAGCCAGCUUUUGGGAAGAAGGGUGAUAUUUCCAGAAGUACUUAUUCAAGAUACAAUACAAUAUCCUAUCGAAAAAUCAGGAAGGGGAAUACCAAGCAAAGAAUUGAUGAAUUUGAGUCCAUGAUGCAUUUAUGAACUAACUGGAUCUGAGAGGUUCUCAGGCCCACUAAUGCAGAAGCUAAUUCUAUCUUCCUGAGAUGUAUCUUUGUGUGCCUUAUUCCGCUUAUCUGCUUUAAAGAUACGGAAACUUACUUUCUGUGUUUCUGUAGAAUAAUGUGAAAAUAACCCGAGACAAAAUUCAGUCUGGUAACUUGAAAUCAAAACCUUUAAUUUGUGGACAUUUGCUUUUUAAAAAUUCCACUAACAUAGCAUUAUGGGAUAAGCCCUAAACAGCCAGAACCCUGGGGAAUCUGGCAUAAUUUGGCUUUAAAAGGACCAGUGCUGGGACAUGUAUUCAUUAAGUGAAGAGAACUAUUUGAAAUGGUUCCUAUAUUUUUUCUGGGGUCUUUCUUCCUGUACCUUGAAGCUGAUAGUAAGUCUGUUGUUAACUCUUUCUCAACUUUUAAACACUAUUUUCUAGACUCUGGCAAUAAACUUUUCAAAAUACUUUGCCUUUCCUAUUAUCUUCAAAAAAAUUGAAGUGGUUUUCUUGGUAUUCGUAGAGUGAAAAUUCUGUAUGGGCCUUCUUCCUCAGUGUUACCAUUCACUGAAUUUUCUCACUAGAGGAGCUGAACAAUUGGCAGGAGAAUUCUGUUUACUAAAUGUUGCCUUUAUGCUCUCAAGAUGAAUUCAACCCAUUGUGAAGUAGACACAGGGAAGGGCUAUAAAAUUGGUGGGCAAUAGACUAGAGUUUUAUUGGAUAACUUUAUUUCUGUGAUGGAAAAUAAAAUCUUAUCCAGCAAAGUUAAUGGCAUUAAAAAUGAAAAUGAGAGCUUUAUCACAUUUUAAGGAAAAUACUCCCCCCUUAUUAUCAUGCUUUCCCUUAUUAAUAAUAUGUAGAAUAAUUUUCUUUCCUAAGAAACUCUAGUCAUAACUGUACUAGUUACUAUGAAAAUGGAAGUAAUUAACUUAGAAUAUUCUCAAAGUAGAGUGUGAGUAUAUAUUUUUAGUGAGAAAGCUCUGAUAGUUGUUGGGAAUAUAUAAUUUAUUGGACCUAGCCCAAAUCGAGAUGCUUAAAAUUGUGCCUAUGGAGUUUAAUCAAACCAGUGUGUCAAAUAAUGUAUUGAAUAUUUAUGAAAAUGAAGUCUAUAUUUAUAUAGAUUUCUUAGAUAGUUUCAUAAUUUUUCUAUUUCAUGCCUCCAUAUAUAUUACCAUGUACUUUCUGUCACUACAGAUGAAGAUUUUUUUUUGGCCCUGCAAAUAAAAAGACAAUUCCUUAUUGUCUGAA